AUGAUUAAAUCAAAUAAGAAUGAUCCAAUUAUUCAAAGAGAACAUAAUACCAUUGAACUAUUAGAUCCAAUCAAUGUUAAAGACAAUACAAUAAAACAAACUGAUGAUCUAAUCAAUAAAGACUUAUCUAUUGAAACAAUUGAUACAUCAAUAAAGAAUGAUCUAAAUAUUCAUGAAGAACAGAAUACAAUUGAAUUAUUAGAUCCAAUCAAAUCGAUUGAAUCAAUUCAUUAUCCAAUAAAUAUUACCAUGGCAACAAUUGAUCAUAUAAAUAUUCCGUUAGAAACAAAAAAUCAAUAUAUUGAAAAUGAUUUCAAAGGUUUAAAACUAUUAAAUAAUAAUAUUCUUCAUUAUAUUGAUUUAAUAGAUAAUAAUCAUAAACAAAUAGAUUAUAUCAUAGAGAAAGAAAACAAAGAUAAGCAACUAGAAGAUAACCAUGACAACAAUCUAGAUCAUAAUGUCUAUCCAAUCACAAAAAAAGAGAAUGGAAUUCAAACAGAUCAUGAAUCUAACGUUAUAUCAAUGUCUAAUGUAGAUCAUUCAAAAGAGAUCUCAUCUAAACAAACUCAUCCUAUAGAAAAGAUAACAAGAGAUUAUCUUGAUAGCAAUUAUAAGAAUAAAUUAAGAACUAUUCAUAAUGAUCAGAAUAGAUCUAUUCAAAAGAAAGACUGUACAAAUUGUGAACAAUCAAAACAUGAUUCAUCUAGUGAAACCUUCUCAUCAUAUCCAACUUAUUCAUCAAUAAAUCAUGAUGAUGAUAAAUGUGAAUCGACACAAUGCUAUCAUAAUCAACCAUAUCAUCAUCAUCAUGAUCAUCAUCAUUCAAUGCAUCAUAAAUGUAUGCCUAGGGAUUCGACGAAAUCUCCACGAUUAUAUUCAUGUUAUUGUAAACAUAAUGAAUGGAAUAAUCCAUCAAAAAGAUUGAAUACAAAUCAAUUGAAACAUCAAUAUGGAUGUUACUAUGGCAACUCUUGUAAACAGGACCAUUUCAAUAAAUAUCGAUAUUCAUAUCUUAAACGAUAUUUAUCUCCUCAAAUGAUAAAAUUAUUAAAGAAAGAAUUAAAGUAUAGAUUACCAUUUAAAGAUCGACAUUAUUUAAAUCGAAAUGAUCAAAAUGAAUAUUGUCAAUGUAGUACAUCAUGUUCACCAUCUAAAGAAUAUGAUACUUCUUUGAUGAAUCUGAAUCAACUGACUCAUUCUAAUAUACCAUUCAAUUCAUUGAAUGGAAUACAACAAUCAUCAUUCAUGAAUAACAUUGUUAAUCCUAUGAAUAUACCAUCAUGGUAUAGUUUCAAUGUACCAAUGAUAAUAACACAACCACGAUUUAUCAUAAGACAUAUCCCAAUACCAAUGAUUAUUCCACAAUGUUCUACAAGAACAAUUCAAUCAAUGAAUUCAUAUCCAUUAUCUACAAUUAAUCCAUAUGUUUAUCCGAAUGAUAUAACUUCUAAUAUAUCACAACCAAUACAUUAUGGUUUACCAUAUUAUCAAUAG